CGCGUGGGUAAAGUAAAGAUGGCAGCGUCCUCAAAGAAGGUGUUUGAGGUGUUCGUGUCCAGAGUUCCCUGGACUGUUGCCUUCAAGGAAAUGAGGGAAUACUUCAACCAAUUUGGACAAGUCAAGAAAUGCCUGCUGCCCUUUGACAAAGAGACAGGUUUUCACAGAGGCUUCUGCUGGGUAGGCUUCAGUUCAGAGGAAGGACUGAACAAUGCUUUACAGAAGGAGCCGCACAUCAUUGAAGGAACCAAGGUCCAAGUGCAGAAGAACAAACGGACAUUUGUACAACGGUCAAACAAGGAAGAUGAUUGAAGAUGUGCUAUCCUGGAAUACAUAAUUUAGUUUAGUUUUGUUUUUGUUUUGUUUUUUACACUUUUUUCAGAACUGCAAUUGUAUAUGCCUUUUGGAUACUUUAAAAACAUAAUAUUGUUUCAUAUUUAUGGUUUUCAUAUGUUAAUAUCUUUAAUAAUCUUACAAUAUACUUGCUCUUAUUUCUGAUGUGCAAUAUCAGACAGCACCCCUCAUAUCCCUAAGGUUCAGUUCAG